AUGGCCUAUAAUCACCAUCCGGGCCAAGAUCCCCUCAGAGAUCCCUGGGCGGGGCCACGCCCAGACCAGCAUCUCACGCACAGAGUCUCCGGCCUGUCUGACGCCGGCGAUCGUGAACCCGAACCGGUCCCUCAUCCGCUGCGAGGACGGGAGUCCAUGGUGUCGAUAAACUCCGAAUACGAUGGCCGUGGCUCUGUGGUGUCUUCGCCAAACACGCUUGGGACACAUGGGCCUCAGACCUACUCGCCGGUUUCUCCGUGGACUGGCUCGUUUUCCUACUCGGGCGCCAGUGGGGGAUAUGCUCCCGUGCCUGGACAGACCGGCCUGCCUGCGAGGGCUUUAUCCAGGGGGAGUCGUAGACCGAGUUAUUCUGCAGUACAGCAGACAGUUCCUGAGAGCAUAAGGGAAGAAGAACCGUAUGAUCUGUCUCUGCUCACGUCGGCGGCUGCCAUGGGCAUGUCGGGCCCAGCCUCACGAGGAAGAUAUGCCGCCAUCAACGAAGAAGACGAUCUUGACGCCGUGCCGGCAUUUGACUUCACAGCAACUCUAGGCCCGCUGGGCGCUCAUGACGAUGAGUUUAUCAGGAAGUUACAAGAGGAGGAGUCAAGGGGCCACUUAACCGGAGGUAUAGGCCAGGGAUUCCGAGCCAACUCCCAGGUCCGCAGCGGAGAGCUCUUGUCGUCGCCCGUUUCUGCUCAGCCAGGCUUUGGUCGAUCAUUCUCGAUGCGAAACGCAAGCAAACGCCUGGAUCGCAAAGAGACGCUGCGUCACAUGGGCCAGGACGAGGCCAACCGUCGCGGCGAGGUCAUCGAGGUCAUCAUGGAAGAGCCGGUGGGCGCUGACCUGAGUAAUAUUGAAGGACCCAACAUUUCUUCUGGUGCGCUGCGACAGUCGACAUACUCUUCAUACUCAUCGGCAUCCAGUAUCAAGGAGAAGGAGAAGGGGAAGGCGACGCAGACUUUCUACCCAGAAUGUAACUGGAAGCCAUUCUCCAUGCGAUGGCCCUAUCUGCUGUCGCUGAUACUCCUCUCAGUAGCGUUAGCCGUCAUGCAAGAGGUUCUAUUCCAGAUGCACAGGAAGGAUCCGCUCGUCAAGUUUACAUCUCCGGAUCAAGUCGACCAGGGUCUCUUCUUUGUCAUCAAAUUCGCACCUACUUUACUUGCCGUCAUAUACGGCGUCUUGUGGCAGUUUAUCGACUUUGAAGUCCGACGUCUCGAGGCCUUCUAUCAGCUGUCCAAAGAAGGCGGCGCCGUGGCCUCCGAGUCCCUCAACAUCGACUACGUGACCAGCAUCAACGUCUACCGGCCCUUCAAAGCCCUCUGGAAGGGCCACUACGCCGUGGCAGUGUCGUCCAUUGCCACCCUCUUUGCCGUGUCGCUUGUGCCAACAUUUGCUGCCGCUGCGGUUGUGCUCACGCCGGACCGAGACGCGCGCAUGGCCAAUCCAAACGGAUACAAGGAUCUCAACUUCAACUCUGUGUGGUCACGUCUCCUGACAUCGACGCUGGCGGUGAUUGCCGUGCUGGGAUGCAUCUUGUUUUAUCUCCUCCAGUCGCGCAAGUCGGGCCUCAUGUCCGAUGUCCGGGGCAUUGCUGGUCUCGCAUCUAUGGCGGUGGUGAGCCACAUUCUCAUGGACUUUAAGGACAUGGACACGGCGUCUCCCCGCGACAUUCAUAACAAACUCAAGUAUAACCGCUAUACGCUCUUGAACUCGUCCCUGGCGCCCGAUGAGUUUAAUUCAGCAAAAGUACAUGUGGUGACUCCUGAGGAGAAGCACAAAUAUGACGACUUUGAUCUGCCCACAAACCCACACCCCAUCCUGCUUCGCGCAGCCGGCCUCAUCCCCAUGGUCAUUGGAAUCCUCCUCUUCACCGCGUUCAUCCCCGUCUUUUUGUUCACACCCGCCGAAGUUGUGACGAACAAAGCCCCGUUUGUCGUCACCAUAAUGGCCGUCAUUGUGAAGAUGGCCUGGGGCGGCAUGGAGACCAGUGUUCGCAUGAUGGAGCCGUACUACAUCCUUUCCAAGAGACACGCGCCGGCCAAGACGCUGCUGUUGGAUUACACGGCGCUGCCCUUUGGCUACAUGCCGCUGCGAGCGCUCCUCAACGGCCAUUUCCUCGUCUUCUUUGUCGGCUUCGGCAGCAUCAUGGCCGAGUUCCUGACCAUUCUCGUAGCAGGUCUGGCUACCGUCGACGGACACGAUUUCCUCCUAACCUGGAACUCCACCGACAAAGCCUGGGAGGUCAACUCCGGCACAGAGACUGUCAAGUCCUUUUACGUAUCUGUCGCAGUAUCGCUCUUCAUCCUGCUCUACAUGGUCGUCGUCGCGCUCGUCGUCUUCUUCCGCCGACGCCACGCCUUUCUGCCGCGUCAACCCAACACCAUCGCCUCGGUGCUGGCGUACAUCCACCAGAGCAAGAUGCUCUACGACUUUGUGGGCACGGAGAAGUUUACCGCCUCUCAAGUGCUGCAGAGGCUGGGCGAGUACAAAUUGUAUGGUUUAGGGUGGUUUGUUGGACGGGAUGGGCAGAAGCAUUGUGGUGUUGACCAGGAGGAGCUGAUUAGCAAUUACAAGCAUGGCAUUAGCUUGAAGGAGGGGACGCAGCCGUGGAAUAUGCAGUGGGAUGUUUUAUGA